AUGAAAUCUUCUAGGGGAGUAAUGGAUGUGUUCCAAGGACUUGAUCUUUUAAGUGGGAGUGACACCUUUAGAAAAAACCAGACUACAAGUCUAAGAGAUAAGGGUACUAAAUCUGAAUUAGAUGAUUUUUUUUCCGUUAAAGAGGAUAUCACACGAUCAAGCCCGGUCAAACAAGCUAACGCCCAAGAAGCUGCUAAGGACAGCGUGACAGAUCUGUUUGAUCCAUUGUUAACGGACAGCAAGAAUGCUGUUGGAAAUCAUGUCACGCAAUCCAAUUUGGCUUCAAUUACUGAAACAAUCACUAUUCAGAUUCAAAGACAAACGUUCUUAAGGAUCCGCAACUUGUGA